AUGCAGGUCCUACUCCUUUGGUUGGUCUUUCUCUUGCCUCCUGAAGCUGGAGCUGGGGAGAUUAUCGGUGGCAUUGAGUCCAAGCCCCACUCCCACCCCUACAUGGCCUAUCUGGAAAUCACUAAACAAGAUAAUGUUAGUGGAUGUGGUGGGUUUCUCAUAAGUGAAGAAUUUGUGGUGACAGCUGCUCAUUGUCAAGGAAGAAAUAUUACUGUCACUCUUGGAGCUCAUGACAUGAAACAAGAAGAAUCCACAUGGCAGAAGCUAGAAGUCAAAAAACAAUUUGUUCAUCCAGAAUACAACAGUGACACCUAUCUCAAUGACAUCAUGUUACUGAAGCUACAAACAAAAGCUAAGCUGAACCAUGCCGUGAGGACAAUACCCCUGCCCACCUGGUCUACCUUUAUUCAACCUGGAACAGUAUGCCAGGCAACUGGCUGGGGGAGAACAGGAGUGAACGAGCCAACAUCAGAUACUCUGAGAGAGGCAAAGCUGAAACUCAUGAAUGCCAAGACCUGCCGCCACUUUCCCUCUUACAAUAAUAAUUUGCAAAUCUGUGUGGGUGACCCCAUAAAGAAAGGAUUACCAUACAAGGGGGACUCUGGAGGCCCCCUUCUGUGUGCUGGGGUGGCCCAAGGUGUUGUGUCACAUGUACAUAUAAAUACAAGGCCUCCUGCUGUCUUCACUCGAAUCUCCGCAUAUUUGUCCUGGAUUAAUGAAAUCUUGGAGAGCGAGUAG